UUUCAAAAUUUAAUGAAUAAAAAACAAUAAGCCCCAGUAGCAUAAAAACCAGUUGGGAAAUAAUAAUAAGUGAAUAGAAAGCCAUAAGAUAGGUAAAAUGUAUUAUUAAAUGAUAGACCAGGAUUGACAGAAGAUGAAAUUGAAGAAAUAAAAGAAGCCUUCAAUUUAUUUGAUACAGAAGGUACAGGAAGAGUAGAUCCAAGAGAAUUAAAAGCUGCUAUGUAGAGUUUGGGAUUUGAUCAAAAGAAUCCAACAAUUUUCAAUAUGAUUGCUGAAUUAGAAAAUGAAGGAACUGAUAUAGAUUUUGAUUAAUUUUUAGAUGCCAUAACUUCAAAAUUAGGAAAUAGAGAAUCUAGAGAUGGUAUUAAUAAAAUAUUUGAUUUAUUUGAUGAUGAUGGUAGUAAUGCAAUCAAUUUGAAUAACUUGAAAAGAGUAUCAUAUUUAAAUUAUGCAAAUAUAGGUAGCUAGAGAAUUAGGAGAAACAAUGACAGCUGAAGAAUUAGCAGAAAUGUUAGAAAGAGCAGCUUCAAAUGGUAGAGAGAUUUCAAGAGAAGACUUUUACAAUAUUAUGGUCAAAAGAACAUUCUGAUAUAUAUAAUUCAUUUUAAC